GGGGGAGGUGGCGGAGGGAAGGGGGCUGAUCCGGCGUAUGACGUCAUAAUACACUAUUUUCACUCAAAGGUCAAUUAAAAGCAACGCGGUGACUGUGGUUUACAAGACGAUCUUUUCAGACACAGCUGGAGGAGCGAAUCACACCCGAGGUUCCAGCUCGCACAUCUGUCGGACCUCAGAAGAGUCAUACAACGUCGGAAGCAGAUCAUGAGCGGCCUUUUGCUGGCUGUCCUGUGGCAGCUGCUAUACCUGUGCCAGGCUGCCCCAGGCUACUCCAACGGCUUCUUCUACCAUGACAUCACGAACGGCAACGGAAAUGGAGAGAUUCACUUCAAUGGCGUGAAACUCAUCGUGGAGACCACCGAGUCGUCCAUCUUUGCCGCACAGGGUGGCAACGUGACGCUGCCGUGCCGGUACCACUACCAGCCUGAGCUGCAGAGCCCCCGCCGCACGCGGGUGAAAUGGUCCUGGGUGCCCGCGCUGGGGGGCAGGGAGCUUGACGUGCUGGCGGCCAUCGGCCAUCGCCAUCGCACCUUCGGCGCCUUCCAGGGACGCGUGCGCCUGCUGCAGGACCCCCCCGGAGAGGCGUCCCUGGUGAUGGGCGAGCUGCGGACCAGCGACGCCGGGCGCUACCGCUGCGAGGUCAUCGACGGCCUGGAAGACGAGAGCGCUGUCGUGGAUCUGGAGCUGCGCGGUGUUGUAUUUCCCUACCAGCCCUCCAGGGGGCGCUACCGGAUGAACUUUUCAUCAGCUCAGAAGGCAUGUGAGGAACAGGGUGCGAUGCUGGCCACCUUCGACCAGCUCUUCAGUGCCUGGGAGGAGGGGCUGGACUGGUGCAAUGCUGGCUGGUUGGCUGACGGCACGGUGCAGUACCCAAUCACGGCGUCCCGCACACCAUGCGGGGGCCAGGACUUGGCCCCUGGUGUGCGCAGCUAUGGAGCCCGUCACCGGCGCCUGCACCUGUAUGAUGCAUUCUGCUUCUCCCCUUCCCUGCACGGUGAGGUGUAUUUCCUGCAGCACCCUCAGAAGCUGAACUUCACGGAGGCUGUGCAGGCGUGCGAGGAGGACGGCUCUGAGAUCGCCAGGGUUGGUCAGCUGUAUGUGGCCUGGCGCUUCCUGGGCUUGGACCACUGUGACGCGGGCUGGCUGGCGGACGGCAGCCUCCGCUACCCGGUCUCCACCCCGCGCCCCAACUGCGGCCUCCAGAGGCCCGGGGUGCGCAGCUUGGGCUUCCCCACCCAGCAUCAAAAGUACGGCGUGUACUGCUUCCGAGCCCCUUAAAUGCCCCUGCUCGCCUCAUCCCACCACACCAGUGGGGCCUCCAGGACCUCAUCACAGUCCCUCUACAGCUGUGACAUCACCCUGAACCUUUCUCUACUUUUGCUGAGUUGCACUGUGGACUAUCCCCUAACCGCUGGUGCCCCUGGUGGUCGCCUGGGUGCACUGCAUGUUGUGUCGCCACUCACAGAGCGCCAUCCUACUGAUGUCAUUCCCAGUGGAAACUUUGGAGAUGGAGAUGAAUAGAACCAGAGGGCAUCUGCUUCGAGGGAUUGUAGCUGAAAUCUCCUACACAGAAUAGUCCUGAAUGUUUGAAAAUGUUCUACCUAUAUUUCACCUCACAAGUCUUUUUUUGCUGUUCUGGACGAGUGAAAUACAACAUUAUUAGCCUUAAAAUGUCCUUUGUUUUACUACCAAUAAGCCCCUGAUAGACUAUAUUAAUUUCUGUUUGCUAUACGUUUCCAAUCCGUUAUUACCUGAUUAUUUAGAAAGAGAACCUGAUUUCUCUUCAGAAUUAUAAUCUGUGAAGUAUCUUUUAAAUACUAUGCUUUUUAAAAAGUGAAAUGUUCUAUACUUAUAUCUGUAUAACAAAAUGCUCAGCCACCGUUGCUGAUUAACAGGAAAUUGAUUUAUUGCCUUAUAUUCUAUGCCUCCUUUGGGUGAAGUAGGGAGUUUUAUUAGACAAUGGCAUUGUCUUUUUUACACUUCAAAAUAUUAUAUUUUUAUUACUAUACACUGUGAACCUGUACUGGCUAAACAGUACAGAAUAUGGGUGGAUGAAUGAUUACAGCAUAUAACUGGACACUGUGUCUGUGAUUGUAUCUCAAUAAUUAUUUCUGGAAAAGUCUAUUACCUAGCUUUUAAUAGUAGAAUCCAUCUUUAUACCAAAAUGUAUUGCAGUAAUAUAAUAGACAUUAAAUAUGCAAUAUUCAGGUUUUAAUUAGGUUAAUAAGUACUUGUAAUAAAAGCAUAGAGAUUUGAUAAAUACAGAGAAAACAAAGCUGAAUACCAUUUA